AUUAAUGCUUGAAUUAACUCGUAGGUCUCUCAUAUGUAUGGAGGAGAAUGAGUUUGGGGCCAUACCAGAGAAUAUUCCCCACGAUGUGACCAAAAUCCGAAUCGAAAAAUCCCGCUUCACUGAAAUCAAGCGCGGGGCUUUCUCCAGAACACCCGGCUUGGAGAACCUGUGGUUAAACUUCAACGAUAUUACCCUGAUCAACUCCAAGGCUCUCGAAGGUUUGAGCAACCUGACCGAGCUCCGCCUGCAAGGAAACAAGCUGCGUUCCGUGCCAUGGACGGCGUUCGAGGACACCCCGGGCCUAACGAUCCUGGACCUGAAGCACAACCAGCUGGAUGUGUUGCCGGAGCAUGCGUUAAAAAAUUUGCCCGAUCUGACUUACUUAGACCUAUCCUUCAAUCGUCUUACAGUCAUAUCCAAGGAAGUCUUCCAAAACUGGCCUCUGUACCAAAAACUGCAGAGCGCGGAGGAGCAGGAGGCGAGCUCUUCGGGGCCGAACAUCAUCCUGGCGCUCCACGACAACGCCUGGCUCUGCGACUGCCGCCUCAAGGGCUUCGUGGAGUUCAUCCGCUCCCUCAGCCCCCCAAUUAUUCUGAUGAACUCCUACUUGACCUGCUCCGGGCCGGACUUUAGGGUGGGCAAGUUCUUCCACGAGGUCGAGCUGCAGGCCUGCGUAAAGCCCGUGGUUACCACCCCGUCGGCCACCCUGAGCCUACCGCUGGCCGCCAACGUCACGCUGCGCUGCCUCGCCAAGGCCCGACCGGACCCCGCGGUGUGGUGGACAUAUGGUCUGAAGAUAAUCAGAGGAUUUCAUGGUAAGAUCCACAGUGUGACGUUCAGGGAGGGGGAUCGCCUGAUAUCUUGUGUUAAAUUAGAUACUUAUGCGCUCAUUUUAAUCACAGACUUCUAUAAAGCUUCCCUUAAGAGGACUCAAUCUGGAUGAUGUGUCGAGCCGAGCGCCAUCGGUGUUUGCAGAUUACCGUGCGCCGUGUAGGCUUGGGUGGACGGUGUCAGCAGCCAUGUUGAGACUACACGAGUAAACCUGCUUGCGCUUAAACCUCUUGCAGGGGGAUC